UGCACUUUCACUGUUUCAGUGCUGCCAGGCGAGGAGAGGAGGCUUUCCAACCCACGUUUAUCUACUCCUUGGAAGGCGAGUGAGGGGGAGACCCUUCACCACUACUGCUCUCGUCUAUACGUUUACGUUACCGUGCUGGUAACGGACCACGUACUGCUCACGACCACGGCAUUCCCGGCUCGGUUGGUCACGGACUAUUAGGACCUAGGACAUUUAAUCUCAUUCAGGACCAACCGCCCCAGUUCUAGCAGCGAGCAGCGGGAGUUUGAGCAGAGACGCACCGUAGCCUGGUUGAUAUCGGUAGCGUGUCCCUUCUCGCGCUCUGCUCGCUCACAGACAUGGAAGAUGGUCCGUCUUCGACAAGCUGUUUUAGAAGGAUCACGGACUGUUUUCUGGGCUCAAGUCUGACGGAUGACCAAGUGAAGGAUUAUUUAACCCUUCAUCCUCAGAUGCUGGAUGAGUUUGUAUCGGAGAGCGUGAGUUCAGAGACGCUGGACAGAUGGCACAAGAGGAAGAGCAGCGACACGUCAUCAUCAUCAUCAGCUAAAGAAGGCAGCAGGUACCAGGACAGUAACAUGCAGAAGUUGGUGCAUGACCUCACCAGUUGUCUGGAACAGCGUCUGGACACUAAGCUGCUUCUCUAUGACCUGUGUACCAUCAUCAAAACAGCCACGAAAGCAGAUGGAUUUGCCCUUUAUUUCAUGGGAGAAUGUAACAAUAGUGUGUGUUUGUUUAAACCAACGGUGACUGAGGACGGUCCUCCCACCCUCAUCCCCGCCGGCCCGUUUGGGACCACCAUCGCCACACACGUGGCCACAACACGCCAAACGCUGCUAGUAGAGGACAUCACAGGGCGGACAUCACAGGGACCAGCUUUCCCAGAAGGCACAGGUCAGGACUCAGGGAUUCAUGUUCACUCUGUCCUGUGCCUCCCCAUCCUCACGGCCAUCGGUGACCUCAUCUCUAUCCUCUCUCUCUAUCGGCACUGGGGCAACGAGCCCUUCAAUACCAGCAACCAGGAGGUUGCGACGGCAAGUUUAGCAUGGGCAUCUGUAGCUAUUCACCAAGUACAGGUGUGCAGAGGCCUAGCCAAACAGACUGAGCUCAAUGACUUUCUACUAGAAGUGUCAAAAACGUACUUUGACAACAUUGUGGCAAUAGAUUCUCUACUUGAACAUAUAAUGAUAUAUGCAAAAAACCUGGUGAAUGCGGACAGAUGUGCACUGUUCCAGGUGGACCACAAUAACAAUGAACUGUACUCAGACCUGUUUGACAUCGGGGAGGAGAACGAGGGCAAACCUGUCUUCAGGAAAACCAAAGAGAUUAGGUUUUCUAUAGAGAAAGGUAUAGCGGGCCAAGUGGCACGGACGGGGGAGGUCCUUAACAUCCCAGACGCCUAUGCAGACCCACGCUUUAAUAGAGAGGUGGACCUCUAUACGGGAUACACCACGCGGAACAUCCUAUGCAUGCCCAUCGUUUCCAGGGGGACCGUAAUAGGGGUCGUACAGAUGGUUAACAAGCUGAAUGGAAGUGCCUUCACCAAAACAGACGAGAACAACUUCAAGAUGUUCGCCGUCUUCUGUGCUCUAGCCUUACACUGUGCCAACAUGUACCACCGGAUCAGGCACUCUGAGUGUAUCUACAGGGUAACCAUGGAGAAGUUGUCCUACCACAGUAUCUGUACUUCAGAGGAGUGGAAGACCCUCACACAGCUGGACCUUCCCACACCCCUAUACAAAGAGAUAGAACUGUGA